GUGCAAAGAAAACCCAGGAACCCGGAAGUGAACGAGCCGUUUUGCGCGGCUGCGUGUGCGUGUGGCUGAAGAGCAGGAGGCCUAAGAAGCGCGUGCCUGGAUCAUCAUAUCUGUUACCAUGGUAACCACAGAGGUCUCAGCUUCCCCCCACAAGAAGAAGAAGAGGAAGCUGGAAUAUGUGGACAGCCUUCCUGCUUCGGUUGAUGUCGAUGCGCCUGAGAAGAAAAAGAAGAGAGUGGAGGAAGAGCAGUUCAACCUUCAUCCUGCCAAUGGGCUGACACAAAGUCCAGAAGAGGAGGAGAAGAAGAAGAAGAGGAGGAGGAGGAGGAGGGAGGAGGAGGAGUGGUUUGAAUGCCUGGAGGACUCUGAUGUCACCAUCAUUACUUCUGAGAGGAAGAAGAAGAAGAAAAAGUUUGAAAAUCUGAAGGACCCUCCAGCUUCUGUUGACAUUAAUACACCAGAGGAGAAGAAGAAGAAGAAGAGGAGAGCUGAGGAAAAGGAGUACAACGUUCAUCCCAUUGAUGGGCUGAAGCAAAGACCAGAGAAGAAGAAGAUGGAGGAGUGUGUGAUGCAAGUGAAGUCACAGACAGACAAGAAGAAGAAGCAACAGAUGAUUGUCACCAUGGCAGCGUUGAGUCCAAACCACGAGGAAACACCGGUUUCUACAGCCUUUGGGACAAAAGGGAAGAAAAAGAAAAAAGUUGGAGACAAAAGGGAGAAGAAGAAGAAGAAGAAGAAGAAAAAGGAGAUGUCUGAAAGUCUGGAGGACCUUCCUGCUUCUGUUGACAUCGAUGCACCUGAGGAGGAGAAGAAGAAAAAAGAUGGGUGCAAAAAGGAGAAGAAGCUGAAGAAUAAUAAACUGGAGGAGAAGACAUCAACGGGUGAAGAUGUCAUAACGAGCACAGAAGAAACGAUGGACCGAGGCGCCCUGGACGAGCUGGAGGAGUUUAUUCCAGACGUGAAAACAAGAGCGCCCCACGAAGUCUGGAAAUUUCUUCGCUACGACCUGCACCGCUUCAAGAAGUUCAAAGAGCAAGGUGUGCGUGUGCGUCGUGGGCGGUUCUCUGUGAAGGAGAAUCAACAGCUCGUGACGAACAUCUCUGACUUCCUGGCUCUGACGGGCAUCAGCUCAGUCGAUAAGCUUCUGUAUCCUUCAAGGUUCAAGGAGGGGAAGGAGAUCAAGAAGCUCAGAGCAAGUCAUCACUUCCUGGAAAGCAUCGCAGAGGGAAUCCCGCGGCCGUGCUCUCGUGUUUACGUUCGGGCCAGGAGGUUUUUUGAUGAGACCAAUCAAGGAGGAAGGUUCUCGGAGAACGAGGUGGCGACUCUCAGAAAGCUCCAUCAUCUCCAUGGCAACAGCUGGAAGGCGAUUUCAGAGAAGAUGGAUCGCAGCACGUACGCUCUGCAGAAACGCUUCAUCACCCUCGAUGCAGAUCACGGCUUUUGGACAGAAGCAGAAGAGUCACGGCUCAAGCAUGCGGUCAGGGAACACCUGGAGACCCUGAUCCAGCAAGGCCCUCCUGGUUCUGGCCUUAGUCUAGCGCAGAUGACACACAACCUUCCCUGGAUGGAGGUCAGCCAUAAGGUCCAGACACGGUGCUGGACCCAGUGUCGCAAAAAAUGGUUCUACUUGCUGAGGAAUCGACUGUCCCCUGAGGGUCCGGUGUUCGGCAGAGGAGAGGGGGCCUGCUGCGCCAAAAUCUGCCUCAUCAACACGCUGUACAACCUGUCUGUGGACGACCCCGCCUUCAUCGAGUGGGACAAGGUGGCCCAGGCUGUCGGUAAAGUGACUCCCAUGUGCGUCCAGGUGACGUUCAACAGACUGAAGUGUGAGAACGUUCCCAACUGGACCCGGCUGUCGUACGAUGAGAUCAUCACCUUCAUGAAGCUCAACCUGGUUCCUUACCUGGAGAACAAACUGAAGUCUCAGCACAGGUGGAUGGAGCGACGGGUGCAGUACGGGGAGGACAGGUACGAAAUAACGGACAUCUUCCAUGCUGAUGAGAUGGACAACGGCUUACCUCCAACCAAUCAGAUUACAGGUGGACAGGCCCCGCCCACUUCUCUAUGAAUGGCCAUCAGUGAUGUAAUCUUUUAUUAUGGACAGCA